UGAUUGUCGAAGAUACAGUUUUUUACUGAUAAUGACACUCGAAAUAACUAACAAGCAAACUUGUGCUUCUUUCUUCCCACCUAACAUAAAAGUUCCUCCGGAAGAAACGGAGAAAGUGAUUUCAGGGCUUGCUAAGUUUGUCGCUAAGAACGGUUAUAGCUUUGAAAACCUCACGCGUGAAAAACAGAAAAAUAAUCCCAAAUUUUCUUUUUUAUUUACGGGCGAAUAUAAAGAUUACUACUACCACUGCAUUGGGAUAGAAGCAGCCAAUCUGGGUAUGAAUGCGGCACCGGAGUUCCGCCAGCAGUACCCGGUAGCUUCCCAGCCGUGGGCUCCGCCGUGGGUCUUUCCAGCUCAGCAACCGCUCUGUAUCUCGGGGCCUCGCUUUCCCUACCAGCCCUCUGGCCCACUAAGCAGUUCUCCACAACCUUGGCCCUCUCAGUCUUUGAACGCGCCGUCCAUGCCGCUUGAGCGAGCCGCUCCAGAUUCUUUUCAUCCACCGCCUUGGGAGUCGGCUGAAAAAGAAAAGUGUAGGGAGGGGGACUCGCCUCCGCCUCCUCCGCCUCCCCCUGACAACGGUCAACCUUGGGAAUCGCUUCAGUAUCCCCCGCAGCAACAAGUCCCGUGGGAUCGGCCGCCUCCUCAGUGGGAGCAGCCGUUGCCCUUACAUAAUAGACCAGCGUGGCAACCACCUGCCAUUCCGCCGUGGAACCCCCAACCUCCUCCCUGGCAGCCUCAGAAUCAACCAGCUAAUCCUUGGCCAGGCCCCCUCCCCCCGUGGCAGCGCCCACCGCAAGAGCAACAUCCCCCGCCAAUGGACUUCCAUCUCCUCGACCUCGUCUUGGAGACGAUGGUCGAUAACGUGUCUUUUGAAGAGAACAAACAUAAAAUCGAGCAGUGCACCGAUUGGGCCCUUGAAAAUUGCGGAGAUAACUACUUAAGAACAGUGGAACUUGGCAACCAUUUUUGCCACCUUGUUGCAAAGUGUUGUGCGAAUAAUGAAAGUUUCACCAAAGUUAUAAGCUUUACUUUUGUUAUAGAAGCCAUUUUGAGGGCAGGCGUUGAAAACCACAGAACAAAUUUAAUCAAUUCUCUUUUAGACUCUUUAGCCUCUAUAUUCGUCUCCGUUCGAGAGUCUUAUCCGCUUCCCCUUUUUCAGUGUCUGAUGCAGCUAAUAGAAAGUUGGGGAAAAGAAAAUCUAUUUAACAGUGAAACGUUGAGCAAUUUAAAAAAACUUAUUGAAAAGGAACCCAAUGAAAACCAGUUCAUUGCCGCCUUACCGGAGAGCGUUAUGACAAGAAGUAGAAUUCCAUAUUACGAGUUGUCUGCGGCGUCGAUGUUUGACUGCCUCCUGACGUUGAGGGCCGACAAGUACGCCCCAAUUCUCCCCAGCUACUUGAGCGGCGACUUUGCAGAUCUCUACCGGAUUCCUCAGCGUUUGUACGACACGGUGAGCCGUUUUCUGGAGUCGCUGGACCAGAUGGAAGGGAGAAACCACGAGGGCUGGGUGCCCCACACUCUAGAGAAGCACAACGCUUCAUUGGAUACCACCGCCUGGCUAAGACCGCGCGCCCGCCAGAGUAGACGCUCCCGCUCCCGCUCCCGCUCUUACUCGAGCUCGCGAUCCCGCUCCCGGUCGUCCUCUCGUACCUAUUCACAGUCGCCCUCCCGAAGUUACUCCCGCUCUCAUUCGCGUUCGCGAUCUCGUUCCGCUUCAUAUUCGAGUUCUCGUUCUCGAUCUCAGUCGCUCUCUUCCAGAUCGAGAUCGAGAUCUUAUUCGCGCUCUCCGAGGCGCAGGCGUAGCCUUUCUAGGGAAGGUUCUCUAGACCCAGAAUUUCCGGGGUUGAGUCACCCCGAUAUUGAGAGAUGCCCCGAGAAGCCGUUGGAUGGUAGCAAUGUUGGAUUCCAGAUGCUGCAGAAGAUGGGGUGGUCGGGCGUAGGCAAAGGCAUCGGCGCUAAAGGCACUGGCAGGGCGGAGCCUGUUCCCUCGGCGGAAGUGAGAAACAAAGCAAACAAGUUUUCUGGGAUCGGCGUUGUUAAGGCGAAAGAGCCUGACGACGACUUGUUCGAGCAGUUUAGAAAGUCGAAGAGUUACACACAUAGAAGAGACAUGGAUAAACGCAAACAGGAGGUUCCUGUGUGCUACAAUUGCGGUUCAGAGAAACACUUUGCUAAGAACUGUCCUGGCAUUGCCCGAAGUUAUAAAUGAAAAACUUAGAUUACGAUAGAUAACAUAAGCGUAGCUUUACUGGCUAUGAAUUUCGUUUAACAUUAAAGUAAAAGAUAUAGAGCACCGGAAAA